AAUAUUUCCGGUGUUAUGGCGACCACCGGCAACAUCACCGCUUCACUCUGGAGGAUAGCAGGCUGUGCUUUCAGGCUGCUGUGAAAAGCAGCUGCUGUCUCACAUGUCUGUGUGAUCCUGACUAUGCUGCUCUUGGUGGCGCUGGGCAUAGUUUUUCCUUUCACUGUGGUCACCACUGAGGAGGCUGAAAACAUCAACCACAAACCACCAGCACCGCUACUCAACUACAUCAGGAUCUCGCUUCCGCCAGAGCACAUACCAUACUUCCUUUACAACAACAAGAGGGUUGCCAAGCAAUGCCGCCAGGACCCACUCUGUCCUUUUAAAGAUGCACUGCAGGAUCUGGCUGCCUGUUGGGGUUACGAGAAGAACUGUGAUCCAGAAAGACGUUUCAGCUAUCCAGUCUGCACCAAAGCUGACACAGGAUGGGCUCGUUCACUGGAGGCAGCCCGGGAGCUUUUUUGGAAGCAGGCUGAUUUUGGCUAUGUGAAAGAACGCCUCUCUGAGCUCAAAACACUGUGCAAGGCGAGCAAGCCGGGGGACUCAUCCUUAAAAUGUAGUAGCCACACUCGCUUCUGUAAGGCAACUAACCUGUACCUGGACUUGCGUAAGCCACGCAGAGGUCAUGAGAGGUACAAGGAGGACUUCAUUCAGAAGGAUGAGAUUGGCGGUCACUGCAGACUGAACAAGCGAGCACUUGUUGCAGAGGGAGAGCACAAGAGCCCCUUACAGUCUUGGUAUGCUGAGCUGCAGACAUACACAAAGCUUGACUUUAACCCCAUAGAGGAUGGACACUGUGACAUUAUCAUUGAAAAACCCACAGUUUUCAUGAAGCUGGAUGCUGGGGUGAACAUGUACCACCAUUUCUGUGACUUCGUCAACCUCUACAUCUCUCAGCACAUUAACAACUCGUUCAGCUCAGAUAUCAACAUCAUCAUGUGGGACACAAGUUUUUAUAGUUAUGGAGAUCUGUUCAGUGAAACAUGGAAGGCCUUCUCAAAGUAUGACAUCAUCCAUUUGAAGACUUAUGACUCAAAUAGAGUAUGUUUCAAAGAUGCCUUCUUCUCCCUUCUACCAAGAAUGCGUUAUGGCCUCUUCUACAACACACCCCUCAUCUCAGACUGCUACAGUGAAGGGAUGUUUAGGGCUUUCUCCCAACACGUACUCCAUCGACUGCACAUCCCUCAGGAUGGGCCAAAGGAGGGGCGUGUUCGUGUCACCCUGCUGGCUCGCAGCACAGAAUACAGAAGGAUAUUAAACCAAGUGGAGCUGGUAAACGCCCUCAAGACUGUGCCUUCACUGGAGGUCAGUGUGGUGGACUACAAAUACAAGGAUGUUCCCUUCCUCAUGCAGCUGAAGAUCACCCACAACUCUGACAUUUUUAUAGGGAUGCACGGGGCAGGCCUCACACACCUUCUCUUCCUCCCUGACUGGGCUGUCAUCUUUGAGCUAUAUAAUUGUCAGGAUGAAAGCUGCUAUCGAGAUUUGGCUCGGCUGCGGGGUAUUCGAUACGUGACUUGGCAGAAAAUGGACAAAGUGCUCCCACAGGACAAGGGUCACCAUCCAACUCUCGGGGACCACCCAAAGUUUACCAACUACCACUUUGAUGUAAACGAGUUUAUGCGUCUUGUGAUAGAGGCGGCUGAUUACGUCACAUGGCAUCCAAAGUGGCAGCCUCGCUCCCAUCAUGAUGAAUUCUAGAGAUGUUUGGUGAAGAACUUUAACAUCAAACAGCCGUUUGAUGUUAAAGAAGUCAUAUUUUUUAGGUGUUUUUAAAUAAUACUGCUGCUGGACAGCAGCAGUUUGCCUAGUAUUUUCCACAUCCUGCCUGCUGAAUCUUUAGGUCAAGAUGAGUGAAUGCUGGUCAACUCAGGGCUGAGUAGCGUUCACCGGCUCCAUUACCAUCAAAUCAGACACAAGACAAAGCAUGCAGUCCGAUCAGCCGAAGAGUGAUGAAAUGUGUCCUAUGUUUCUUCAUUACCUCUGCUAUGUCUUUUUCAUUCCACACCAACAGUUGGUUAAUGAACAGCUGUUACGGCUUCCCUUCAGAUGCGACAUCUUGUCACAUUUGAUCAGAGUUACCUUGAUGGGCUCCUCUUCAGAGCUGUUGACAAUCACAGCAGAGUUUCUGAGCACACUUGGCUUUCUCUGGGCUAAUAUCAUGGGCAGAAUUGACCUGCUGGAGCACAGGCAUGAGGUUAUUUGGUAAGAUUUAACAAGCACUGAUUUCUCUGAAUAUGAGAGACAGAAGUGUCACACUACUGCUGCCAAAAGGGAUUUUCUUUGUAUGGAUAUUUGUGAUGUUUGUGAAUGUGUACUGUAUUUCUUUUAAGUGCUUCAGUGUUAAGAACCUGAAGCUCAUACUCAAGUAUUUUUCCAUUAAAGUCAACAGUCCAAUGUUUUGUGCUGCAUAAACUAAUGUUGCUGUUGUCAGCUGAAUAUUCAGACUAUGUUGCAGGCUAUUUAAAUUGAAAUGACAUGCUUGUCUGACAUUGGUAACGUUUCUUAUUUAAAUUAAUGUGUUUGUUGUAAAAUGUUUUUAUCUGAUGGCUAAUUUUAUCACAAACUCCUUUGUACUUUGCCAGAGGAAACCCAGUGUCAGUAUUAUAAAAUGAUGAGUGUGCUGCUAUGUCUUUAACCUUACCUAAGGCCUCUUGAGUGCUUUUAGUUUCAUACUUUUGUAGGGUAGAGUAUUUUCAAAGCAUCAUUUUCGUUUUUCUCAGCCUCUCUGUGAGCCUGCUGUUAUAUUUAUCAAUGAACAUGAUGAACUCAGUUAGACCUCUUUGGUCUGAACUGUGCUUGACUUGUAACAGUUUUAUAUUCAGAGGUUGUGUAAUAUUUUGAAAUAAAUAAAUUUGAAAAUAC